AUCAGACCGAGGAACGUCUCACGCACGUCUUUCUCGGAUGUCUCCUCCUUCGUCGGACUCGCGGCCAGUUAUUGUUGUGACAGGUGCAAACAGCGGCGUUGGUUUAGGAAUUUGCCAGCGUUUGCUCGUCCAGUUGAUAUCUAAAUCCCCAACAGAUGCUCAACCUCAUUACGGUUUCCAUGUCCAACAAAAGAUAGACAACGACGUUUCUUUCAAUGGGUUGACUUUAAUCCUUGCUUGUCGGAGUAGACAACGAGGAGAGGCUGCUCGCGACAAGUUAUACCGGUUGGUCGACGAACAAGUUCGUCGCCUUGAAAUACUUCCAGGCUACGAUGGACACGCGGAGACCUUUAGGAAACAUCUAACCAUUGUGGUUCAUACCGUAGACUUGUCGCACAUUCAAACGGUGUUCCGAUUCGCUGACGAAAUCACCAAAACGUACCCAUAUGUCUCGCAUCUCAUCUGCAAUGCAGGAGUCGCUUCUUUCGUUAGCAUCAACUGGUUUUUAGCUAUCAAGCAACUCGCCACGGACUGGGUCGAGGCAGUGACAGCUCCUAUAUACUAUACGCAAGAAGUUGGACAACUCAGUCAAGAUGGGUUAGGGUGGGUAUGGCAGUGCAAUGUCUUUGGACACUAUGUCCUGUUUCGAGCCCUGGAAUCUCACCUAGCAAAGUACAAAGUAUCUACAGGCGCCCGCGUAAUUUGGAUGACAUCCCACGAAUCAAGCCCAACCUUUUAUGAUCCUGCUGACUGGCAGUUGAUCAAAUCUGCGCAUUCAUACGAAAGCUCGAAAUUUCAGAUGGAUUUGAUCGCCCAUCAGCUGGACCAGGUGUCACUGCAAACAUCUAACGAGUUGCCCACGCGACACCUGAUAGUACUACCUGGUGUAGCUGGCACAAACAUCGCCAGCGCACUUUUGGGUACUUUCUCAUCAAUGUGCAUGUUCUUGUCUUUCUAUCUCGCUCGUUUUCUUGGAUCUCCAUACCACCUCAUCAGCGCAUUCAAGGCAUCCAUCUCUGCAGUACAUCUCUGCUUAGUGCCGUUGGCUUUCCUUCCCACUGUUAGCUCCGCAGAGUUAGACGAUUCAGACCCGACAGCUCCGGUUGAAGUGGGCAUCCGUUAUGUCUCAGAAUGUGACAGAUGGGGCAGGGAGCGUGUUGGUACGAUGAAGCUGACGCGCUCCCAAGAGCAGAAAAAACAAUGCGACGACCUCUUGGACAAUUGCGACCGUCUUUUCACAGCAUUUUGCGAAGCCGAGGGACGCACCGUAGGAUCCUAAUGAGCAUAUCUGUGGUCAGUAAUCAUACCCUACCUCUUCGAUGUCUCUAUAUAUUAAGCACACAUUACCACUGAAUAUCGUCCCGCCCCACAUCGAGCAGCUGGCUGGCGGAUAACGUUGAACAGUAGCUGGUAGAUCUAUUGUAUCAACAUCAUGUCAUACCGUGAGGACACCUCAUGCCAGCCUUGGUAUCGUCUUGCCUCUUCGAUAUUCUUCUUAGUUCUUGCCAUCAUGGCUUCUUGCCGCACCGUUCCGCUCGAAGGGGAUUACUUGUUACCUACAUAAUUUUGUAAUGCCCUGCCCUGCACCGACUCGUCGCCAGG